CCGCGCGCACUUCCGGGUCGCGGCGGCCAUGGAGGCCGGGCAGGGCCCCGGGCCCGGCCCCGGCGGCGACGCGGCCCAGAGGGAAGUACCAAAGCCUUAUGUUCCAACAGAGGAGGAAAGAAGACUCCUCAAGGAAUGUGCUGAAGAGAGUUUUCGGUAUAGAGCUUUUCCUUUGGCUGCAGUGAGCAUGCUGGGUACUAGUUUCUUAAUUAGAAAAGGUGUUCUAAGAGAUACCACAAGAUUUGGCUCUUUUGUUAAAGUUGCAUUUGCUGGAAUGUGUGGAUACCUGGCUGGAAAGAUAUCCUACUUGCCAAUCUGUAGCGAGAAAUUUAAGAAACUGAAGGAUUCUCCAAUAGGAGAUGUUCUACGACAAGCUCAGAGACAUAGUUCACCUAACCGUUCCAAUCGUAAAUCUGAAUUUUCAGACGUACCUUCUCAGUCAUUUACUGAGUCAUCUCCAAGAGCUGGAUUUCCACCUUCUUCUAGCUAUUCAGAUGAUUACAGCUCAACAGAUAGAGCCCUCUCAAGUUAUGAACCCAUUCCAUUCAGUGCUUCUCUGAAUGAAUCUUCACCUACAGGAAUUACUGAUUACACUGUUCAAGAACCUGCUCCAGCUCCAGAAGAAGGUCGUAAAAAAAAAGGCAUUACAUAUGAAGAAUUAAGGAAUAAACACAGACAGACAUAUGAAGUAAUGCAACCACCAAAGCCAGAAACUCCAAGCAAGUUUUCACAGGAAAAACCAGCUAAGGAAGUUAAAGUAAAUAAAUAUGGAGAUACCUGGGAUGAGUAACAGUCAAAUGAAGAACUGAAGAAAAUCACCUCCCGUCAGCUAACUUGAACUUCAUCUAGAUUAGUAAUUAUAUCAGCACCUUUGGUGUGCUUUGCCAGACACAACUAUUAAUAAAUGAGGAGAAAAUCCUGACUUUCCAGAAGAUUAUAAAAAUGUAUUUAUGCUGAAUUUUUUUUAAUUUUGCAUAAAUGAAAAACAAGACUACCGUGAAGUGUCAUGACUAAACCAUUUGUGCUGUUGUUUAACAAUGAGAAGGGUAACUGGUAAUAUGAACAUAUGGCAUAAGGUAAUAAUACAUGUAAAUAAAUGCAAUACCAUGUAUUGAGAAGGGAAGAAUAUUGGAAUCUUCUCAAAUCUUCAAGACUUGCAUUAAACGUUUCCUGUACAACUCA